AUGAUUUGCACACAGGAGGAGGUCAUACGAAAUCGUCUCCAAUCCGUUACCUCCAUCGUCGACGAUGUGUGUAAGAUUUCAGGUGCUCCUUCGGCAUCCGUGGGUAUACUCCACGACAAUAAGGUCAUCUUCACCAAGGGACAUGGAACAGUUGUCGGCAACCAGUCUUACCCUAAGCCACGCCAGCCUGGUCCCGAUACAGUCUACGGCAUAGGGUCCAUGACCAAGAGCUUCGUGGUUGCGUGCCUCGCAGAGGUCCGUGGUGAGGGCAAGGAGGCCAAGUUUGAAUGGAGUACACCGAUGAAGGAUCUGCUUGAUGGUUUCAACACCGAUGACAGAAUACAACACCUGGUCACUCUUUCCGAUUUCCUCUCUCACCGAACUGGGCUCAACGGAGAUAUGUCUAUCGCCCAUCAGGGGGACCAAGAGUUCCUCCUCCAAAAGGAUGAAGUUCUGCCAGUGGUGGCAACCCUCGACAAGGUCGGACAAUUUCGAGCUGAUUGGAUCUACAAUAACUGGGGUUACAGUCUCGCCGGCGAAGUUUUAGAGAAAUACUCGAGGAAGUCGUUUGAAGAUUGCCUGCGAGACUAUGUGCUCGUUCCGUUAUCACUUCACAGUACAACAACAAGACCAGAUCCAAACGGCGACUUUGCGUUUGCUCAUGCAGCACUGGACAACGGCGACCUUUACCAACUACCAAAGAAAAUCCCUUUUGAGAAGAGCAUAUUCGAAACUGCUGGGGGAAUCUACUCGAGCGUCAACGACCUUCUUGCAUGGGCGAAGGCAAUUCUUGCUGCUGAACAGAGGUCAUACUCUGGUUAUCUUAAGGAAGUCCCAACAAUCUUGAGCAACCAAGUGCCUCUGGACAAUCCGUCCAGAGAUCAUCGCUUCUACGGGUUCGGAUGGGUUCGGACGGCACUUCCAGACGUUGUGGGCCUGCAGGGAGACAACGCAGAACUGUUCAACAGGGACCAGCUUCCAGUACUCGGAUCAAAAUCACAACCAAUGAUGACCUAUUACCACCAAGGCGCCGGGCUUGGGUACUAUUCCGCAAUCUUCAUGUUUCCCGAAUCCAAUUCCGCUGUGGUGGUUCUAACGAAUUCUAUGCCACUCAACGACGUGGCGGACUGGAUCGCUCAAAUAUACAUCACCGCGCUAUUCCAAUUUGAAGAUGGAGGGAGAACGUACCUUGAUCUGGCAAAGAAGUACGUUGAACUGGCGAAGGAAAGUCGGGGUCGGAAACUCGGUCUUGUGAAGACAAUGAGAAUGGGCCUUGACAACGAGCGCAACAGGAACUACUUUCAUCCGCGACAAUUGAAGUUAUACACCGGGAGAUAUUACAACUCGAAGGGUAGCUGGCCUGGGAAUUUUUUUAUCGACAUCCGUUGUCCGAAGGAUCAGGGGGAAAAGGGCGAUUGUUUGGAGCUCAGGUUCCAAGGACGGGAAUCACAACUCUAUGAGCUCCGUCACCUCAAGGAUGAUAUCUUUGAAUGGGCACUAGACUACAACCAGCAAGCACGGCGAGCACGAUUCACGGUAUGGGACCCGGAGUAUUUCAAGAUCAAGUUCAACUUCAACCAAGAGCGGUCUCAUGAGGCUGUUACGCUCAACUGGGCAGGGAACGGGAUGGUUCUAGCUCGACGUGAGAACAAGGUGCAUCUCUCACGAAACUUUCCAAAGCUCUCAAAUGGAGUCAUACCGUUCCUCCAAGCGACACUUCGCAGGGUUGUCAAGAAGAGCUGGCGCUUGGUUUCGAGAGGUUCACGGAAGUCUCCAAGACAUCUACCCGAAAAGGCACACUUCUCGCGUUCAGGACGGUGA